AUGUUGGGCAAGCUGUCGAGGCGUGAAGUUGCCGUGUUGCUGUGGUGCCCCUUUGUGGUGUGCACGGGGCACAUGCUUGCGUUAUGUGGGUGGGACGGGUGCUUGGUUGCAUCUACAAAGGAUUCUUUGUUGAACACGGUGUUUGUUAAGAGAGGGUGGUUCUGGACGAGUACUGUGUUCUGGUGGGUGGUGGUGAGGUACAGGAUGGAAGAUUCUGUCACUACCCGCACCCCGCUCCUCCCGCUACUCCGUCGAUACACAAUAACCACUGCUGCCUGGUACGUCUUCACACAACAGCUAUGGCUAAACGUCCCACCACUAAUGGACCUGGUGUUCGUGUGGUCCGGCGGCUCUUGCCUCCUGGACCCAGCUACCACCCCCGGAACACUCUGGCUGUCCACAUCCGCUGCCUGCAGACGGCAUGGCGGGUUAUGGCAGGGCGGCCACGACCCCUCGGGCCACAUGUUCCUGCUCUCGCUGAUGCUUAUGUUUCUGCUGUCUGAGCUGCCCGCGGGCAGCAGCGGUGGACGGCGCAGAGGCAAACACGCUGCGUUUGCCUCUGCUGCUGCCGCUGCCCGCUUCAUCCUCUGGGACGAACCGGGCGUACUCGCCCUCGCCCUCACCGCCUGCUGGACCUGGGCGCUGCUCGUGACCGCCGCGCGGUUCCACACCCUGCCGGAGCAGACCUCGGGCCUGCUCGCCGCCGUCGUCGCGCACCUCUCCGCCCGGGCGCUGGGGUAG